AUGGCAAGACGGGAAUCAUGGAUGGGAAGCGGUGUUCUGGUGCGAUGGCGGAAAGAAGGUGGGUUUGGCUUCAUUAAGCCUUCUGACGGCAGCGAAGAUUUGUUCUGCCAUGUUAGCCAGCUGAGACAAGUCGAGGGUACCAUCAAAGAGGGCGACCGGGUUCGCUAUACGGUGACCCAAGACGGCUUGUCUGGGAAGCGCAUGGCUGGUAACGUUGUCCUCGAUUUGACCCACGGCCGCAGCCGUAGUCGGAGGCGGCGUCGCAGGCUACUUCGCAUGAGUUGA